AUGAGGUGCUACUGCGAGUCAGGGAACAGUUCCAGCCCAGCCAUCACAGAAGGAGCUGCUCCACUCCCACAGAGGGCAGGCACCCAGGAGCUGACUGCAUAUGGAAUCCACCAAAUUGUUACCCGUCCUCACGGCACGCAAAACACGAAUCCCAAACACAACCAGCCCGCACCUGGAAGGCUCCCCAUCGUACAGCCUUCCCCACAACAGCCCAGACGACGGCUUCGCGGACGCGCGACAGCCUCCCACCGCACCUCGACGCCGAGCUCACUCGUAGCCGGACAGAAGAUGAAAGGCCGACGAAAAGCCAUUCGAGUUUUUCAGCCUCUUCGGGACAUCUCGUCACCAGGUACGAGAACGCCGCGUGUAACCGGAACCGGGCAGCGGACGCUCCCGCCCAGCAGCGGCGGGUCCCCACUCCGCAGGCGUGCGGUGCCGUGCGGUGCCGUGCCGCCCCCCGCGGCCUCCCGGAGCCGCUCGCAGGCCCCGCUCCGCCGCCGGCUCGGCACCGCGCCUGGAAUUACAACACCGCGGGCGCAGACGCAGGGGGAGGGAGAAGGCGGCCAGACAGAGCGGCGUGCGCCGGGCCUGCCCGGCCCCGCAGGCGGCCCCGUGCCCACGCAGGAAGCCGGCGGCCCCGGGAGCCCCCGCGCUUCGCCCGCCGACGGGUCUCCGAGCAUCGGCCCGACCCGCGGGGCGAGCGGCCGGGUCGGAGAGCCUCGGGCAGGCGGCCCCAGCCCGCGUCCGACGGGGAGAGCGGGACGAGGGCCCGGCGCUCGGAGCCCCGCGGGGCUGAGAGGGGGUGGAAGCGGGACCGCCGCGCUCCUCACCGCCCGGCCGGCCGGCCCGACCCCGCACUCACCGCUCCGGGGGGCUCCUCAUCCUCUGCGGCGGGAGAGAAGGCGAAGCAGGAGGGAGCCGCUCCCGCUGCGUUACGCAGGCCGCGCCCGGGACCCCGACGGCUCCUGGGAGACGGGAGCGAAGGCGGCCGAGCGCCGGGAGGGGGAGGGCGGGGCGGGGCGGGGCGGGGCGGCUCGGCGCAGGCUCGCUCCCCGGCAGGCGCUCCCGACGCCCGGCGCGUCCCUGCGGAGCGGGCGGGGCGGGCCGGAGCCGGAUUCCAAUCACGGCACCCGCCGAGCCCGGCCGCGCGCACGGCGGAGGGAGGGGAGAGCGCGGGCGCGCGCUCGGCGGAGGCGGCGCCGGCGGCCGCCGUCGAGAGGCGCCGGGCCGCCCCUCAGAGCCCUCCCGCUUCCACCGCCAUCGCGUCGACACGCGCCGCGGGCGGGAGGGCUGGCGGGGAACCGCGGGAAAAAGUUGGCCGCUUCUUCUCCCCCGUAG